AUGAAUUCAUUGUUACCACAUCACAUAAUUGAUUAUAUUAUCAAUUUAUCGUGGAAUAGUUAUAUAUGUACGUGUUGGGUAGAGUCUAGCAUUGUUGAUGAUUUCAACUAUGGAAGGGUCAAGAGAGAACAAGUGGUCAAUGCAAUCGAGCAAACAAAGAGACAAUGUAUAUUACACAGAGAUUGCAAGAUCUCUAUAGAAUAUGAUAUAGCAAAGGACUAUAGUCCUGUCAUGUUGGAGAUUAAUCGUCGUAGAUUGAUGUUGUCAUUGGUGUCUAAACGUAUCUUUGGAGUUGUCAAAAGGUUGUUCAAGACGUUUGGACUGUCGAUUGAACCCGAAUACGAUACUCAAACAUUUAAAGUAAUCAGUACAGAGGUUAGAGAGUUGGAGGAUAUCUCUAAUCAUCUAGACAAUGGCGGGGGUCAACAACAACAACAACAACAACAAUACAAUCUAUUGUCAAAUGGAAAUAUUAAGACAUUGGUAUCAUUUAUUGGAGUGGCUAAAAUAGAUGCAAUCGAUAUCACACCAUUUUCAAAUAUAAAGAAACUAGUGAUAAAAGAGAGUGCAAUGGUUGAUACCUAUAUUGAUUAUACAGUAUUUCCAACACUCUCCUUUCUCACGACAUCAUUGACAUCACUAGAUUUAUCUAGUUGUGAUUUGUCACAUGGACACAAGGAAAUCGUUAAAGUAUUGCCAACACUAUCACUACGCAAACUUUAUUUUGAUUAUCAUCUUGGUGAUUUUCCAUUUGAUACAGUAGCAGUAGAGUCAUCUCCACCAAACCAACCACUCUACCAAUCACUAGAAUCAAUAUCAGUACAAAGCACUCAACAUAUUUCAAAGAUUGGAAGUUGGUUCCCUCGAAUGAGACAUUUACGAAUGAUAUGUAAUGAAAUUGGAAAUGAUCUGGCUGAAUGUGCUAGACAGACCAUUCUACCAAUUGGCAUUCGGAAAAUAUCUUUUAGUGAUUGUAAAGUAUCGGUUAUUGCUCAAACCAACAAACAAGUCAGCUCUUUAAAGCUAUUGGUUGAAGAGUAUAGCUUGUUUGCAGAGUCUGACCCAAAUGACCUGUUUUACAUGCACCAAGAUCAAGACCACAUUACCACCAUCACCAUUGUAUCGGAUCAAAACUCAAUUGCCCAACAAGCCACUUCAACCAAUUUCAAAUUCAUUGGGAAACAAUUAAAAUAUUCAAUCUUUAAAGAAGAACGUCAAAGAGAAACUACUAAAUUGAUUUAUCAAAAAGGAAAUAACAAUUAA